GUGGCGGCCAAGACGGGGAACAUGACCUACCAGUGGGACAUCAUGAGGAGUCUGGGGAUCAAUGACCAUGACAUACGGAAGUAGGUGGAUUUACCUGACAAAGGAGUGGGAGAUGUUCACAGAUCCUCAACAUUGGCUGGAGUACUUCCCUCCUCUUGCUAAGGAAGACCUCAAGUCACUUGGAGUUAGGGUUGACUGGAGACGGUCGUUCAUCACAACUGAUGCCAACCCCUACUACGACUCCUUUGUGAGGUGGCAGUUCACCAAACUCAAGGAGAGGAAAAAGAUCAAGUUUGGCAAAAGGCACACCAUAUUCUCUCCACUGGAGGGCCAGCCCAGUAUGGACCACGACAGAGCCACUGGUGAAGGGGUGGGGCCACAGGAGUACACUCUCAUCAAGAUGAAAGUGGUGGAGCCUCUUCCCAAGAGCCUCAGCUCCCUGGCAGGUCACCCGGUGUUCCUGGUGGCAGCCACUCUGAGACCUGAGACAAUGUACGGACAGACCAACUGCUGGCUACAUCCAGACAUCAACUACAUAGCCUUCCCCGUCAAGACAGGAGAGGUGUUCAUAUCCACCACCAGAGCUGCCCUCAACAUGGCCUACCAGGACUUCACCUCCGAGUAUGGCAAAACUCAAGUCCUGCUGCAUCUGAAGGGAGAGGAGCUUAUGGGUGUGGCUUUGAAAGCACCUCUGACAUCAUAUGAUGUCAUCUAUACUCUACCAAUGCUCACCAUCAAGGAGGACAAAGGCACUGGAGUGGUGACCUCUGUACCCUCUGAUGCCCCAGAUGACUACGCUGCUCUUAGAGAUGUCCAAAAGAAGAAGGUAGUAUAUACAUGUAUGUAUAAUGUGUUCAUUCUUAUUCUUUAUCCACCACCAUUGAUGUGGGUGCAAUGUCAUACGCCGACUCUUUGCAAACACCAGUCAUGUUUCUUACCAUCGUAAUGUGCAGGCUCUUCGUGACAAGUUUGGCAUAACUGAUGAAAUGGUUCUGCCCUACAAACCAGUCCCCAUUAUUGAUAUUCCAGGAAUUGGCAAUCUCUCUGCCGUCACUGCCUGUGACCAGUUCAAGGUGUCAUCACAGAAUGACAAAUCUCAACUUGAGAAGGCAAAGGAGAUGACCUACCUCAAGGGAUUCUAUGAGGGGGUUCUGCUAGUGGGGCCUCACUCGGGGAAGAAGGUGCAGGAGGCCAAGAAGCUGAUCCAGGGAGACAUGGUGGCCAGCGAGAGGCUGUCCUCUACCAGAACCUGAGAGGAGUGUCACCACUCGCUCAGGAGACCAGUGUGUCGUGCCUCACCACCAUUGGUAUCUGGACUAUGGAGAGCCUGGCGGAAGAGACUGUGAAUGUCUAUGAAAGGGUCAGACCAUAUGCUGAGAAGUAAACAACAAACACUUUCUGACCACUCUAGACUGCUCCGUGAACAUGCCUGUUCCAGAGAGUCUUUGGCCUGGAACCCUCAUUCCGUGGGACCCAAAGUUCAUGAUAGAGUCUCUCUCCGACUCCACCAUCUACAUGUCCUACUACACUGUGGCCUACCUGCUACAGGGAGGUGUGGUCAAUGGCUCCACCCCUGGGCCUCUCGGAAUAUGUCCAGAGCAGAUGACAGUGGCAGUAUGGGACUACGUGUUCUUUGGUGGAGACCUCCCUACAACUGACAUCCCUCCUGAAUCCCUCAGGAAGUUGCGUCGAGAGUUCAGCUACUGGUACCCGGUGGACCUGCGGGUGUCGGGCAAGGACCUCAUCCCGAACCACCUCACCUACUUCCUGUACAACCACCAGGCCAUCUGGCCGCAGCCCGGCAGAGAGGGAGCUGGGCAGGAGCCAUGUCGCUGGCCCAACGCCAUCAGAGCCAACGGACAUCUCCUCCUCAACUCUGAGAAGAUGUCAAAGUCGACUGGCAACUUCCUUACUCUAAAACAGUCUGUGGAGAGAUUCUCAGCCGACGGCACUCGACUGGCUCUAGCUGAUGCAGGGGAUGGACUGGAAGACGCCAACUUUGUCUUUGAAAUGGCAGACGCUGGCCUCCUGAGGCUUCACUCUCAACUGGAGUGGGUCAAGGAGAUGCUGGAGUGUCGAGACAAGCUGCGCUGUGAUCCUCCAGACAACUACACCUACCACGACAGACUCUUUGCCAACAGAAUAAACCAUCUCAUCCAGCUCACUGACGCCAGCUACCACGACACCAUGUACAGAGAGGCUCUAAAGACAGGCUUCUAUGACCUCCAGGCAGCUCGGGACAGCUACAGAGACCUCACAGCUCCCAGUGGAGGUAUGAACUGGAACCUGAUCAGGAGAUUCAUCGAGGUGCAGGCACUGCUGCUCUGUCCCAUCUGUCCUCAUAUCUCUGAGCACAUUUGGGCUCUCCUGGGAAAUGAAGGUAGUAUCAUGGAGGCCAGGUGGCCAUCUCUGGAGGGAGAAGUGAAUGAGACUCUACUGAAGGAGGGAGACUACCUCCUCACCACUGCUCACGAGUUUAGAGUUCGCCUCAGGAAGAUGAUGGACAUUCGUGAGAAGAAGUCAUCCACUGGUAAGGUGCCUCCUCGUCCAGAGUAUGGAGUGGUGUACGUGGCCCAGGAGUACCCUCCCUGGCAGAAACUUGCCCUCACGAAACUCAGGGAGCUUCUUAACAAGGCAGAGAACAGUCUUCCAGAAAACAAAGUGAUUUCUGAGGUACUAAAAAAGGAAGAUCUCCUGAAGACCCAUAUGAAGAAACUCAUGCCAUUUGUGCAGUAUAUCAAGCAAUCUCUGUCAGUGAAGGGAACUGAGGCCCUGGAUCUGACUCUGUCAUUUGACGAGAAACUAACUCUCCUGGGGAAUCUCAAUUACCUCACACGAUCUCUUGACUUGAAGGAGCUGUGGAUAGUGAAUGCAGCAGAAGCGACUGACCCAAAGAUCAGGGAGGAAUGCCAACCAGGGAAACCCAUACCUGUCUUCUCUGAGACUGCUCACAAGCCAUGGCUCCAAGUGACAGCAGUCAACCCACAGGCCUGUGUUCCUUACUUCACCGUCCCGAUACCAGUCUACCAUGACGACACGGCCUCCACUGUGGGAGACCGCAUCUGCAGGACCUCAAGUGUACCUGGUAAUGUGGAGAUUGAGCUUCGUCGCUACCAGAAGGAUGCCCGCUCCAUCCCGGUGGCAGGUGACAGCAGCGGGCAGGCCAAGAUUGGAGCGAGGUCACAGUUCUCCAUCAGCGAUGGGUGUCUGUACCUCAGUGACCCUGAGAAUGGUGCUACUAGUGUGGCAGUGGGCAGCCACCUGCAAUACCUGGUCAAUGAACAGUGACGGCAGACUGCAUUACAUGUUAAUGUAGUUUAUACUUUGCUGCGCAGUUGUACUUUAUACUUUGCUGUGCAGUUUGGACUGAUGUUGAACAUUAGAAGAGAGGUAAAAGUGCAUAAAGGCUCGAAACCCUAGUGCGUCAAGAACUGUUCCGAAUCCGACUGCACGAUUGCCACUGUGUCCCGUUGAACUUGAUG